AUGCCAUUCCGAGCACGCUGCAACCCUGCAGCCAUCCUCCAACGCAGAAAUGCCGCCCUUCUUUUGAGACCGGACUCCGUGCGCAUAUCAUCGGUGGUGACCCCGCUUGUAGCCCCAAGACACCAGGUGCAGCAGUACAGAUAUUCCAGCUCUUCAUCACCCCUGCAAUCCCCUUUCUCCUCCUUCUUCUCCCGUAUUCGCCGCGCCGACACACCGGAAACAGCCUCCAAAGAGUUCACGGAUGCCCUCGUCUCGUGCGACAUCAAUGCUCUUGGUACAGCCUACUACACCAUCGGCAAGGCCGCGCAGCCUGCACAAUGGAUAUCAGAGCAACAGCUGCUGGCGUCUAUGCGAGCUUUGGCGGAGAAGACGGGUAAAUCGCCUCGGGGUCUGCGGCUAUUACGCCGUAUGUACGACGAUGUCUCCAGGCGCUUUGGGUAUUCCAAAGAGAGCGCGUACGAUGAGGCGAUGAUCCUCGGGCUCAUACGUGCUGGGGCUGUCAAGGAGGCUAUCGAUUUAGCUGCGAAGUUGAAAGAGGAGGCGGUAGAUUGGAGAGCGAUGCUGCAGGCUACCCUGCGCUCAGGGGGGGCAGUGGAGUAUGAGCAUGUUGCUCGAAUCGUUGAGCCAUUCCAACGGCAGGCAUCGCUGUCCCAUGACGACUAUCGGUUACUCCUUAAAGUCCUCCACACCUACCCCGAUCAGAGUGAUUCCUCUCAGCUCGUCGCCCUCCAAAAAGAUAUGGCCGCCCGAGGCAUCGCACUCGACAAGUCUCUCCAAGCGGUAAUUACAUCUGUAUACAUUGCUUUGGGUGACCUGGAGGGCUCAAGAGAUAUCAUUCAAAAAUGGAGUCUCCUCUCGACAGAAGAGUACGAGCUCGACAUGUGGGACGCCAUUGUCAGUCAUCACAUCGCUACCAAUGAUGUCCCAAAACUCCACGAAGUAGUUGGCAAGAUGCGUGACGCUGGUAUCAAGAUCCCUCAGCGCGCUCUGCUGGUUCUUGCGACAGCUUGCUUGGACGGUUAUAUCGACUCCAAAUCGAGAGUCGGCUACCGAGAUGCUGCCGCGGCGAUCGACGAGGUCGGACAGUUGUCUGGCGACUUGCCGGGCACAGAAGUGUGGACAGGCGUCAUCCAACACUAUCUCGACAAGGUUGACGAGCGAGAUUCACUCGAUGUCGCCCUGCAGCUCUUUGAUGAGUCCCAAGGUCGAGGUAUACCCCUGACUGCCGAGCUCGUUCGCACCAUGAUCGUCCCCCUCUGCUCUUCACGCAAAGGUCAGUAUACAGAGGAUGCUCUGCGGAUCUACGACGAGUACAUGACCUUUGCGCUCAAUUCUGAACUCGAAGUUGAGACGGUUCGCCGGCGGUUUGCUGGGGUGUACGAAAAGCUAUUUUACGCUUGCGCUCGUGCUUCCCCUCCGCCCAUGGCCUCCGUCAUCCGUCUUUUAGACGACAUGCGGACCCUCUCCAUAGACUUCACACCCUCCAACCUUAUUUCAUGGCUUGUGCUCCUGAUGCGAGCGUCUCCAGACCACAAUGCCGCUUUCACCCUGUACUCCAACUUUCACUCGCUCAAUCCUGCUGCGAUUGAUGAAGAGGGUUACAAUGUCAUCUUGACGAAUUUUCUGGGAUUGAAGUGGGAAGGGCGAGGGGAGGCGCAUGCACCGCCCGACAUGUUCGUCUCAAUCAUGAAAGAUAUGGCGAGGGCGGGGUACCAACCCAGUUCCCACGCCCUCACCUCUCUCCUCAAGACGUACGGUCAUACCGCCACCCGUCUUCGUCGCUCUUCCCGUCGCCCCGCUCUCUCCCCGGAAGACCCCCUCUCGCGGCUAGGCUCAUCCAUAUCCUCCAUUCAUACCCUCAUCAAACUUGACCCUCUUCUUCCCCCCGACAUUCCCCUCCUCACCUCGCUAAUGGACGCUUACAACCGUAUUGGCUCUACCUUUGAGGCAUUUGAGGUUUGGGACGAGAUAGUCCAGAGACGUGGCAGAGAAGAGGAGAGGAGAGGCAAGGAAGGGGUGAGGGAAAUCUACAAGCCCGCAAUCAACGUGAUGCUCGAUACCUGCGGGUGGAGCUAUCAGCUCGCCAAAGCCCGGAAAUCUUGGUCCUGGGCUCGCCGUUUCGGCCUCGCCUUUGACAAGAAACAUUACGAGGCAUGGGUGGAGUGUCUCUGUCGCUGCGGCUCCCUUUCAGAAGCCGCCGAUGUCGUCCUCGACCAGAUGGGCAAGGAGGACGGAGUGCCCAGGGCGGAUAGGGAUACACUCAGAUUGUUGUGCAAGUUUGGAAGGAAAGAGAGGGAUCAAGGAAAGCAGGUAGCAGUGGCAGAGGAAGUGCUGAACAGGGUCAAGGAAGCUUAUCCUGGCUGGUGGGACGAGUUGAAGCAGGAGAGUGGAGGCAAAGGAAGAAAGGGACAGGCAGGAAGUCAAUAA